CAAUCAGGAGCAACUUAUGAUUUUGGCCGUAACAAUUUAAAAAUCAAGCGUUUAAAAUAAUAAUUUUUCAUAUAUUGUGAAUUAUUUGCAGUACUUAGUAAACUAUUGGGAUUGAAACUAGCAUACGCCAGCUACUAAGUUGCAUUAUAUUCGAACAAAAAAGUAAUUGCAGUAUAAAAAGUUAUUGCUCAAGAAUCUAGUUACGUCCUAAUCAUUAGUGGCUCUGAUUCCAGAAAAAGGCGUUGGGAACUUUCCAAGCAAACUUUCCUAGCGCGGUAAAAGUGGUCCGUGGAGAGCACACAGAAAAGUUGCAAACGAAAGUUGGUGCAUUAGCCGUUAAUUUUAGGAUUUUUGUGAUCUGUUUUAGGAAUAGAGAAAAAAUGUCACAAUUCAAUUAUCUCAAUGAACUGAACAAUAUAAUCACAAUGGACGGCGAACUGACAAAAGGACCUGCUCCACGGUGGCAGAAGAAGCUGGACAUAUCGACGGCAUCUACAAGCUUCAAUGCCAGCUCGAUGAACACAUCCCGCCAGAAAUUAUCGGUUUCAUUCGGUAACGGCCAGCAGCCGGUUCCACCCGGGACCCUGAGCGGGAAGACCCCGAAUAAAAAACCGGGAGGGAGUUCGAGCACCAAAAAGGACGGGAAGUCCCAAACGCCAAGCCAGAAGCAACCCUCCGGUGGCGAUCGGUUCAUUCCGAACCGAACCACCACCGACUUUGAUCUGGGCCACUACAUGGUGAAGCAGCAAAACCAAGAGGCCAAGAAGGAAAACGACGGCGAAGGAAACAGUGAGGAAAAUCAACAGAAUGGGAACGGUUCCGGCAGUCCCAAACAUGCCGAACGGAUCAAAAUUCUCUCGGAAGCGGUCAAAGGAUGCGACAUCAGCAACAAGCGAAUUCUGUCGUACCAGACUAAGGCUCCGGCAGCUCCCGAAGGGCACAUGAAUCCACUGAAGGUUGUCUACUCGGUUAAAACGCCCAUGUCCACCAAGAGUGGUUCCCGGUUCAUUCCGAAUGCGCCGGAGCGAAUUCUGGACGCGCCCGAUAUCAUCAACGACUACUAUCUGAAUCUGAUGGACUGGAGCGGGGACAAUGUGGUUGCGGUGGCGCUGGGGUCGUCGGUAUACCUAUGGAACGCGGCCAGUGGCAAUAUCGAGGUGCUGUACGAGAACGAAGGAGGGGACCAUGCGUGCGCGCUGAGCUGGAUUCAG